GAAAUAAAUUUUGAUAGAAUUUAGAAUUUAAAGGUCAAAGUUGACGUAUUUGAAAAGUUUUUUUAUCAAUGUUAUAAACUUUAUGAAACUUUUUUUCUUUCUUAAUUUAUUUAUUAUUAUUACUUGCACAAUGAAAGUGGAUAGACUGAAAAUAAUAGUGUUUGACUUGGACUAUACAUUAUGGCCUUUUUGGGUAGAUACUCACGUUACACCACCAUUUAGAAUAAAAAAUGGUAGUAUAGUGGAUUCCUAUGGUUCUAAAAUAAAGUGUUACCCAGAAGUACCAGAAGUGCUCAGCAACUUAAAAGCUUUAGGAUAUGAAUUGGGAGUAGCUUCAAGAACGUCAGAAAUUAAAGGAGCAGAACAAUUAAUUCAAUUGUUCGGUUGGGAGAAGUAUUUUACUUAUAAGGAAAUAUUUCCAGGCAGUAAAGUAACACAUUUUAAUAAUAUUAAAAGGGAAUCAAAUAGGCACUUCGAUGAAAUGAUAUUUUUUGAUGAUGAAAGCCGUAACAUCUAUGAUAUUAACAGGUUAGGGGUGGUAUCAAUUUUAGUUAGAAAUGGAGUUAAUAAACAAGUUGUCGAAAAUGGUAUUUUACAAUAUGUGAAUGACAGAUCAUCGUAGGUAUUUGAAUUAUUACGUAAAUUGCAAAUCAAUAGUACAAAAGACAAAAAUAUAAAUGUUAAGUGUUUUUCUUUUUUUUUAAAUAAUUCAAUAUCAUCAGAAGAUAUCAAGUUUUAAUCAAGGGUCCAUAAGAAUUUUGUUUGUUAUUGUAAAAUUGGCAUAUAAUAUAGUUUAAAAGACGUGUACUGCUUUUUUAUAUGACUGUGACACCACCUAUGGUGAAUUUGUACUUUAGUUUAUUGUGAUAUUAUUUUAAAUAAUUAUUUAUUAAUAAAUAUACUUGACGCUGAA